GCCAGUUGGCCGCCAUUGCUUCGGAGAUUGAGGAACCCGUGGGAGUUUGGGAAGGCGGAGGGACCACCCGGGAAAAUAGGGGGGUUCUGGAAGGCCGGUUUCCUCGCUGACCUCCAAGAGGUCGCUCAGAGCUCCCUGAAUCUCCGCGGUCUCCGCGAUCUUGUGAGCAGCGGGGUCGCUCAGUGAAAGUGGCCGAGGGUGGCGGCCCCUCAUCCGGACACACCGAGCGCUCCUGCCGAAAGCUUUGUCUUGUUUAUUAAUUGUUUUUUUUUUGGGAAACAAGCUUUUAGAGUCACACUCAGGUGCCCGGUGAUGUCCAGGGGGUAUUCCUGGCUUUGCACUCAGGAGUCACUCCUGGUGGUUCUUCGGGAACCAUAUGGGAUGCUGCAGAUUAAACCCAACAAAUACCCAUCUGGGCUACAGAGGAUCCCGCGACCAGGUGUGCGAACUUAGCAGGAAGAAAAGAAUUUCUGCUUUACCUAUCAAGAUUCUGAUUGUCCAUUUCUCCUAGACCAGGGGCGCCUCCUAAUGUUGGGGUGACACCUGGCGAUACUCCGUGAUUACUCCUGACUCUGUACUUAAGAAUUACUUCUAGCGCUGACCAGAGGACCAUAUGAAAUGCCAAGGAUUGAACCCAGGUUACUCACGUGAAAGACAAAGACCCUACCUGCUCUACUGUCACUCCGGCCCCCACAAGCUUAUUUCUUUCUUAGGGUCUCACCCCAUCAGACUCUGCACUAUUUCACUGCUUGGGUUCACUUCUAAUGAUUCUAGGGACACUGGAAUGACCUGGAUAGCCCUGUGUUCUCUCAGUCAUUCUUAUAUCUGUCCUUGGAUCAUUAACAUGGUUUUUCACUAUAUUGGGCUGGAGCAAUAUAGCACAUAGCACAGCGGGUAGGGCAUUUGCCUUGCAUGCAGCCCACCUGGGUUCAAUUCCUCUGCCCAUCUCAGAGAGCCCGGCAAGCUACUGAGAGUAUCUCGCCCACACGGCAGAGCCUGGCAAGCUAUCCGUGGUGUAUUCGAUAUGCUAAAAACAGUAACAAGUCUCACAAUGGAGACGUUACUGGUGCCCGCUCCAGCAAAUCGAUGAGCAACAGGAUGACAGUGACUGAUUCACUAUAUUAACAAAUUUAUUUAUUUAUUUAUUGGUGGGUCCAAGGGAUGCUCUUUCCUGGCCAUUCUCAGAGCUUACUUUUUUUUGGGGGGGGGUCACACCCGGUGAUACUCAAGGGUCACUCCUGGCUCUGCACUCAGGAAUUACCGCUGGUGGUGCUCAGGGGACCAUAUGGGAUGCUGGGAAUCGAACCCGGGUUGGCUGCGUGCAAGUCAAGUGCCCUACCCUCUGUGCUAUCGCUCCAGCCCUUCUCAGAGCUUGCUUUUGACUGUUCUGGGAUCAGCCCCGUCAGCUUCAUCUGAGGCUAAUAACCUACCCGCUGUUGCUUCCCAACUACUAAGAAAUAUUUUUUGUCUUUAUGUUUAAAGAUUGAAAUUAUCAUAGCAAAGGUAAUUUGUACAGCAAGGAUGUGCUUGCCCUACACAUGGCAGACCCAUAUUGAAUCCCUGGCAUCCCAUAUAGUUCUUCAAUCAUCACUGGGUUUGGUGAGAAAUCAAAACCCGAAAACUGGUUUGGGGAUUGCCAAGCUCCUCACAUGGUCCUCCCAGUGAACCUUCCCUUUGCUUUUGGCUUGUUUGAAAUAUGAGAACCAUAGAGACGGUUCCUUUACCUGCUCAACCUCAUUCAACUACAUUCCAUUCAACACUGGAUUGAUUCUUCCAUUGCAUAUUGUGCUUGAUUUUAGAAUUCAAACCUCAGCUUCAGGAUUUGGCAUUGCUGCAGUUUGAUUUGGGAACGGGGUCACUGAAUCCGAAUGAGCUGAAAAAGAAUUUCUGCUUCAUCUGUCAAGUUUGCAAGCAUUCCUCAUUGUCCAUCUCUCCCGAACCAGAGGCUCCCCCUUCUGUUCAUAUAUUUCCACGGAGCCUCCUGCUGACCCUUGGGAAUUCAGAGGCUGGAGACGAUGGUGACGCGCCAUCUGACACAUUGUCCCCAGGACACAAUUACCUUCCCUGAUGUGGCUGUGAGAUUCUCCCCGGAGGAGUGGACAUGCCUGGACGCCAGACAGAGAAAGCUCUACAGGGACGUGAUGCUGGAGACCUACCAGCACCUGCAGGCCAUCGGGAAUUCCAGGGUGAAGCCUGCGAUGAUCUCCUGGCUGGAAGGAGGAGCCCUGAAGCCAGGGAGGAGAGGCAUGUCUGCGGAACUCAAGCCAUGGUUUCAGGAUUUGGCAUUGCAGCAGUUUGAUUUGGGAGAGGGGUCUCCGACUAGGAGUGAGCUGGGAAGCAGCCAGCCCACGUGGAAUGUGUCUGAUCCUGCUCACUGUGAUAAGGUCUCGAGUGAGCCAUCGUGCCCUCAGCCCCAUGGGGAUGCUGAGACAGGUGGGAUGUCCUCUAAGGGUGAUCAGAAUGGAGAAAAUGACCCCAUUCUGAAGAAGCCCUCCCCUGGGAAAAAACCCUCACAGUCUAUUGUCCUCAGUUUUUGUACACAACUGCCCCCAGUGGGGCAAACCCUAGACUGUGAAGCACUGUUUAUAGCGGGCCCCUCACACCAACACACCCAAGAGCAAAGUCACCACAGACUGAAUCCAUCCAAGAGUAACCAUUGUGGGGGAGCCUUUCCGUGUUCUCAGCAUCGUGAUGUUUCCUUAGAAACCCACAGUGGUCAGAAUCCCCAGGAUUGUCAGCAGCAAGGACAAACUUUGAGUCAGGUGUCACCCCGGUGUGGCAGUCCAAACAUUCAGAUUGGAGAAAAAUUGUAUAUGUGUAAGGACUGUGGGAAGGCUUUCACUUCCCCCUCAAACCUUGUUGCACAUAGGACAGUGCAUACUGCAGAGAAACCUCAUGCAUGUAAGGAAUGUGGACAGGCCUUUACUCUAUCCUCACAACUUAGUGUUCACAGGGAACUUCAUACGGGAAUGAAAACUUACUCGUGUCAGGACUGUGGGAAGGCCUUCACUUGCUACUCAAACCUUUCUCAUCACAGGAAGACUCAUUCUGGAGAGAAACCAUAUUCCUGUCAGGACUGCGGGAAGGUCUUUGCUUAUCCCUCAAACCUUUCGAGGCACAAGAAAAAUCACACUGGAGAAAAACCAUAUAUCUGUAAGGAAUGUGGAAAGGCCUUUGAUUAUCCCUCAAGCCUUUUGAAUCACAGGACAAUUCAUACUGGAGAGAAACCUCAUAAAUGUAAGGCAUGUGGAAAGGCCUUCUCUGAUGGAUCAGUACUAACUAAGCAUAAGAGAACGCAUACGGGAGAGAAGCCGUAUGUGUGUCAGGAGUGUGGGAAGGCCUUCAGCACAUCCUCAAUUCUUACUGUACAUAGGAGAAUUCACACUGGAGAGAAACCUCAUAAAUGUAAGGCAUGUGGAAAGGCCUUCACCGAGGGAUCGGUCCUUACUAAUCAUAUGAGAACUCAUACGGGAGAAAAGCCUUAUGUAUGUCAGGAAUGUGGGAAGGCCUUUAGCAGAUCCUCAGUGCUUACUAUUCAUAAGAGAAUUCACACAGGAGAGAAACCUCAUAAAUGCAAGGCAUGUGGAAAGGCCUUUGCUCAUGGGUCAGGUCUUAAUGAGCAUAUGAAUAUGCAUACUGGAGAGAAACCUUAUGUAUGUCUGGAAUGUGGGAAGGCCUUUGGGAGAUCCUCAAUACUUACUAUUCAUAGGAGAAUACACACCGGAGAGAAACCGUAUAAAUGUAAAGAGUGUGGGACAGCCUUCAGUAGCACCUCCAGCCUUCAUCAACAUAGGAGAUUUCAUACUGAAGAGAAACUUUUUGCAUGUGAGGAAUGUGGGAAGGCAUAUUCUCAUUCCUCAAACCUUUUUAGUCAUAGGAAAAUUCAUACGGAGAGAAACCUUAUGUUUGUAAGUAACGUGGGAAGGCCUUCUCUGAAACUUAGUACCUAAAUAAGCACUUUGUAGAGAAUAAUACAACCUCAUCAAUGUCAGACAUGCGGGGGAAGGCCUUCAUCAGACACUCAGACCUUAGAAGGCAUGAAAAUACACUCUAGAGAGCACUCUCAAGUAUGUAAAGAAUGUGGUAAGAUUCAUACUGGAUGACUCCCAAAAUAAUCCCCAAGGUCAGAACAAGCUACCUUAAGUAAAAAAUGUUUUGCCUGGAAAAGAUUAUUGGGGGGUUGCAAAAGGACAGUCAAGAAAUAGAGAAACCUGGUAGCCUGUGAAGUUCCUGGUGACUUCAGUACUAUAAGGGAAAUGUAGUUGCUCACUAGCUAUGCCUCAGCUAUGCUAAUGUCCUGGCAUUUGAAUGAACUUGAUGUGUAUUUUAACUUGUAAAUAAUAGGUUAUGGUGAUGGAAGCCAGUGGAAGGUGAUUGAAUAAAAACUAAAUAAACAGUUACAAAAACCAC